AUGAAGAGGUGUGAAGAGGCGCAAGACAGAAAGUCCAAACCCUUUGAUGAAGAGGCUUUAACAGAACAUUAUAAAAUCCUAACGACCCUUGGCCAAGGAGGAUUUGGGGAAGUAAAAUUGGCUAGCCAUCUACUCACACAGACAAGGGUAGCAGUAAAAAUUCUUCCAAAAGGCAAAAAGAACACCUUCAUCAAAUCAGAAAUUGAGAUAAUGAAAGCUCUAGAUCACCCCAAUAUUAUUAAACUUCUGCAUAUAAUCGAUACCACAAAUAAUAUUUACAUGGUCAUGGAACAUGCCCCAGGGGGAGAGCUAAUGGGCAGGAUUGUGGAGCUUGGUUAUCUACCAGAGGAGGAGUCCCGUAGGCUGUUUAAACAGAUGGUAUGUGCCCUCCAGUAUUGCCACAGGAAAGGGAUUGCCCACAGGGAUCUGAAGCCUGAAAAUAUUUUAGUGGACGACAAAGGAAAUAUAAAGCUUAGUGAUUUCGGGUUGGGCGCCAAGCUGAUCAUGGGACAGAAGCUGGCCGCUUUCUGUGGGACCCUCCCUUAUUGCGCCCCGGAACUCUUUGAAAGUAAAGGCUACGAUGGCCUUGCAAUUGACGUCUGGAGCUUGGGAGUUGUACUCUACUUUAUGUCCACAGGGUGCCUCCCUUUCCAGGGACAUACCUAUGAAGGACUAAAGCAGAAGAUCUUGUCAGGAAAGUACUCAGUUAAAUUCAAGCUGUCACCAGAGCUUUGGGACUUGAUUGCUAAGUUGUUGACUAUAAACCCUGGACAAAGACCAAGAAUAGGUGACAUUUUGAGCUUUCAAUGGCUGAAUCAAAGCAAUGAAUUUUUUCUCAGUUCCUUUAGAGAGAAGACCAAUAGCCACCCAGACCCCACGGUAAUGGUCAUCAUGGGUGUGAUGGGAUACAAGCAACGAGAGAUAAAGGAAGCUUUACGGGAGAAAAAGUUUGAUCAGGUGAUGGCUACCUAUUUGAUUCUUAGGCAACAGUCACCCUGGGGGGACAACUUUAUAAAAAAACUGAAGCCUAGCAAGUUGGAUCGAACCUUGAACUCUACAGAGCCUCCCACAAUGCCAAAAGUGACUACAAUAAAGAGGGGCUCUAGUGCCCCUACUCUUCCCACCUCCAUUUUGCCCACUGUACCUGAGAGUCCUGAGAAUGACAAAACACAUAGAAUGAGAUACAGCAUACCUCCCACCCUGAACUAUCCAAACAAGAAGACAGCCCCUGUUCAUGGAAUCUGUCCUCAACAUGUCCAGGAGGCUCACUUCAUGAGCAGCACAUGGGGGGACACAGAGAGCAAUAACACCUCAGAUGAAAUAUGUACCCGAAUGUCUUUAGAAUCUACUCCACUGGACUCUUAUUCUUCCCUUGAUGUAUCCAAAGCUGGCUCUAACAAUUCAAAGUACAAGAACAACACGACCUCAUGUGACGUUUUGUCUCAUCACACCUCAGUGAAGGAAGUCCCGUUUAAGGACACUAACAAAUCAAAUACAAAUAUCAGCUCAUCUCUCCCACAACCCUCAACUCAGGAGGACCUCAGGGGACGGCCCCACAGUGUGACUACAGCUGGUUCAAAGAACAACCUGACCUCACAGGAUGGUUUACCUCCAGUCUCCAGCAAGGAGGCCCAGGGUGAUGGUUCCACUGUACAAGAAAAAGACCUCAGCCCAUCCUCCCCAGAAACACCCCAGGGACAGCUCGGUGGCCGGUGCCAAACUGCACCCAGAGCCCCCUUUAAAAAGCGAGUUUGGAAGAGCCUACAGAGUAGGAUUAUAAAAGGCCUGAGAAGUUUAUGUUGCUGCCUGCCAACUGAAACUAGGGAGCGUCUAGCCAACAAUAAAAUCCUGGCUGUGAGCUAA